AACCAUCCUUCCUGCCCAGCCUUGACUUAAGCCUUCGCUACCUUCGUUGUCUUUGCAUUGACCCCUUCUGGCCCUAUUUCGUUCGCAAGGGACCCCAACUCUGUCCCAGCAACCUUCUCUCUUCUUUUGUCCUGAUUUCUUCGUGCUCUUAUUCGUUUUACACAUCAGUUGUAGCCCACCUCGUAUUUGUGUGCAUUUCACUCUUCUUUCGUGUCCUUAAAUAAGUAACAGACCAGUUCUUUUUGCUGUUUGGAUACCCUUCUCCUCUUCCUUUUCUUGUUCUCAAUCUACGGCCACAUAGCCGUUUGUUUUCUACCUGUCUGUUGGCCUAGCAUUACUCUUCAAGGAGAAUAGAGCCUUUUUGUGCUGCUGUCGUUGUCCUAGUCUGUUUUGCGCUUAGUUCCCCUGCGGACGGAUGCGCCUUUGCACCUUUUCUUCUUUGGUUUCCUGCAUACACACAAAGCGAGAAAAACAAUGGGUUCUGCCGUCCAUGCCUCCUCAGCCUCAGCCUCAACACAACCUGCCACUGCAGAGAGUGCGAGUCCAGCACGCCAGCAGAGUGAGGAUCCCAUCGUCGGCGGACCACAGGAGGACACGCGCGUCGCUAGCGAAAACGAAGACGGGCACGACCUUGACAGCUCACCGACAGAACAGGCGGUUGCCUCUGAUGAAACGGACGAACCUCAAGAACCAGCUUCAACCACAACAGUAAUCUUUGCCCAAACCAACGGCUCAAACGAACAUAUUGAGAAUGGAGACGCCAACGCUACCUCAUCGUCCUCUGCAGCAGCCUCGUCGUCAUCAGCGUCAGCGUCGUCAGUCAUUCCCGCAACUCCGGCAUCUCAGCCAGGGGACCCGCUUCCAAAGCUGACAAGCAAGUCAAAACUGCCUGACUUGAGUAUCUUCCACUUGUUUCCCGAGCAACUGAAGCAUCCGCUAUUCGCUGCCAUCGCGAGAGUCUUGGUUGUGCAAGGGAAUGCCUGGCAAAGCGCAACGGAUUUGGUCGAGGGCAUUCGAUACUUCAAUCUGGCCAGCCUAGGAGGUCGCACCCCAAGGGGCACAAUUCAGGGCGCCAUCUCCACAGCACUGAGUGUCGCACAUUCACUGGGCACAUUUGAGCCGAUACAAAAGUACAGGUUGAAUAGCACCACAUAUUACCGCAUGGCUCCAAGAACGUUGGAUCCCACACUUCCUGAUGACUCUGAUGCUACCGAGUCGGACUCAAUUGUUACUGCACCGCGGAAAGAUGUUUCAAAAGGAAAGGCGGUCGCCAAGCCAAAGCCAAAGGCCACAUCAUCCAACACCAAGCGGAAAGCACAACCGUCUGGUAGUCGCGGGGCAGGAAACAGUAACAAGAAGAGGAAACCAGUGUCAGGGUGGGAGUCUGACACCUUGAGCUCAGGUAGUUCAGACGACGAUACCCGGCAAAAUGGCUCCAGUAGCCGACACAAUACCAGUAACCAUAAUCACCGGCACCAACAGUCGUCAUCCGGAUCGAAGCGGACGCGGGCAUACUCACCUAAUUCCUCCAGCUCUUCACGCGCAAAGGCACCAAUAAGGAGAAACUCAAUCCCUAAUGGGCUGAAGAAGCUGCCAAAGGGCUAUGUGUACGAUACCGAGUUCAACCAAGCGGCCCUGAUGAAUCUCUCUGUCAACCCUUCGCAAACAGGCGAAUAUAUGCGGCUCCUCAAGGGGAAAAAUGCAGAAGAGAACAACUUUCCAGACCGUCGAGGCGAAUAUGGAGUGGAUCUUACACAGGAGCCAUCUAUGUUUGCGCUUGAACAGCAGACUGGUUACACCUAUCCAAGGCUCCGGACAAGCGGCAGGGAGCGUCUUCUCAAGGCAGACUGCGAGGAUGGUUACGCCAUUGCAGAUCUGAAGCACAAUGGCAGUUUUCUGGGACGAUUGUUCUGCAUCACUGACGGUCACGGUGGGCGUGCCUGUUCUUCCUUUGUCAUCGCAACGAUACCUGGCGCCAUGCAGGUGAUCCUCGGAAAAUACAAGCCUUCAGACCUUUCCCGGCCAAGUGUUCAAGAACUGGUCAAAACUCAGAUUACAGAGGCGAUUCGAUUGAUUGACAAGGAAUAUCUGGAAUAUAAGAAGCAGCAGUAUCUGCUUUUCAAGUCCAAGCAGAUUCCAAAAGAUCCUGGGAGCGACGGAACAACUCUUAUCGUCAACGUCUUUAUUGAUAAAUGGAUCAUCUGUCUAAACCUUGGGGAUUCGAGGACGAUGUUAGGCAGCCGUGACCCAGUCGGACGGUGGAACGUCGAUUUCUAUAGCGAGGACCACACUCCUUCCUUGGAGCGACUUGCACAGUCGAUCUAUGCGAAUGGUGGCGAAUUCGUGACGCAUGACGACAAGGUUAUCAGGUUCGAUCCAAACCUGAAGAACGACAAGAAGCACCGUCAGUCUUUGAAGGAGGCCAGGAUACGUGUCAAGGAUGCAGCAUCGAAUCCGUAUGGAAUUCCGUACAUGACCAAGAAUGGACAUUGCGCAUCUGUGAACCUUGGGGCAUGCAUUGGAGACGUUCUCUACAAACUCGAUCCCAUCAAUCCCGUGCUUGGCUGCAAACCCGAUAUAACGUUUAUCGACAUUACCGACAUCCAACAGGGCUUUCUCCUUAUGGCUUCAGACGGGCUCUGGGACUAUGUUCAGCGCGGCGGCAAGGUACAGGACCAGAACGCGACGGUCUGUCAAUUUGUUGGGGACAAACUCGAGCGCGGCUGGAAUCAUCAGCGGAUUGUGUACACGCUCUCUGACCGAGAAGGCGCCACCGGGCUGUAUUCAGAUUCGAUUCAGGAGUAUGAUGACUUUACGGCGAUCUUGGUGACUUUCAACAAGCAGCAGUUACUGCGCCAGCAGCAGCAGCAGCAGGAACAGGAACAGAGACUAGUUUUGCUUCAACAGCAGCGCCUUCAAGAACAACAGAUUCUGCUACUUCAGCAACACCAUCAAAAACAGCGUGAAUUGGAGAGACUCGAGGCAUUGAAGCAGCUGCAAAUCCAGAAAGGACAGGCGGAAUUAGAUAUUUUGCGGCGGGAGCAGGAGUUAUUACGCAAGGCUACGGGCGAUAAGAGUGAGAAUGACACUGACUCGGAUUUGACAGAGCCAGAACCUGAUCAGGAUGCGGAUGAGUCCACAGCCUCACAGACUUCACUACUGGCGAAAACGGAAUCUAAUGCAGGAUCUGUGAAGGACGCGACCGUACGACCCAAGGCGCCAAAGAAUGAGGUGGAGAGGAUCAAGCAAGACCUAAAGCAGGAAGUAGCAGAGUCCAGUUUACAAAGCCAAACACUUCUCACAGCAGCGACUCAAUCGUGAGCAUUGCUUUGAAAAAAGAAAAAACAAAAGCAUGAAAAAUAAAAAAU